CAGAGGAAUAGUAUGUUAGAAUGAGUCGAAUAGAAAAGAUCAUUUGUGAAUAGAAAGAAAUAAUAAUACAAAACACAAAUAAGAGAGAUAGAAUAUUCGAAUGACGUCAUAAGCUGUAGUUUCAAGGAGGUUUAAACGAGAAUACCAGUUUAUUCUUUAGACUUGCAAUUCGCGAUAAAAAUUAAUGCCGAUAGUUUGUAUUUAUAUUCCAAUCUCAUGACAUUUGCUUGUAUAAAUUGCUGCAUAGAAUGAAUCAAUGUUUUUCUCUUAAUAAUAUGCGAGAACAGUAUUAAGUAAUUCACAAUAACAUAAAAAUAAACUCUCCUUCAUUCGUGUAUUAGCGUCCAACGAAUGUAAACGAUUUCCAUCGAGCUAAGAAUUCGUGUUUUCCAUUACGCUAUCAAAAUAACCUAAGAGUGUUGUGUAUUAUAUAUAAUUGAAGAAGAUGGUGCUUUCAGAAUGUUAUGGAUUUGUUAAAUACUCAUUAAUCUGCAUAAAUCUUAUAUUUUGGGCUGUAGGUCUAGCAGCAGUAGGUCUUGCGGUAUGGAUGUUAACAGGACAAAUGUUUCUAUUGUCCCUGGCUGAAGAACAGCAUAAUCUCAAUGCCGGUCUUUAUAUCCUACUCUCAGCCGGAAUCCUGAUGUUGAUAGUCGCCUUUCUCGGUUGUUGCGGUGCUUUCCGUGGAUCUCAAUGUAUGCUGGUUGCUUUCUUUAGUUGUCUGCUGGUGGUAAUCGUUGCACAAAUCGCGGCUGGAGCAUGGUUAUAUACCAAUAGCAAUCGUCUAGAAGAGUUGGUCAAAUCUUCUGUAAUAAAUACUGUUAAGAACAAAUAUGGCGAGGAUAAUGCUCACACAGAAACCGUGGACGCUUUUCAAUCAGAUCUAGGAUGUUGUGGAGCUACAGGUCCAGCGGAUUGGACAGGUAGUAAAUAUGCGACCAGUGACUCUUCAUUUCCUGUCAGUUUUACCGUUUCCGGAGAUGCGAACAAUAUGUACAAAGUACCCGAGUCUUGUUGCAAAGAAAAAAACAGCGCCGAUUGCAAAGCAGGCCAAAAUAUUAAAGUGGCUAGUGUAGUUAGUUCGGCAAUUUAUAAUGAGGGCUGCAUAGAUAAAUUGAUGGACGCAUUAAAUAGCCAAAAGAAUAUCGUGAUAGGAGUCACAGCUGCUAUAGCUAUUCUAGAAUUACUCGGUCUGAUAUUCUCUUUAGUGUUGUGCUGCGCAAUUGAUUCUUCCGAUAGAUAUAAAGCUUGAAUAUAAGUUAUUAGAUAUAAUUUUUCGUCAUAUAUUAUUGUGUCACAAUUUUCUAAUUGAUAUAUUUGAUCUCUGUGCCAAUAGAUUUCUCUGUUCAUAGAAUCCAACUGAAAUGAGGAAAGAUUUAAGAUUUCAAACAAAUAAGGAUUCUGUUUUAAUAUUUAAAUCGAAUCUGAUUGACAAUGUUCUGAUAUUACGAUUUCAGUAUUGCGUAUUUAUAUAUAAUUCACAAGAUUUUUAGAUAUUGUAUUAUUACUAUCCUGCUCAGGGACGAAAAUGACGCAGAUUUUUUAUCUAUAUAUUUAAUAUGUUCAUGAAUUUUAUUUGAACAUACAUACAGGGUGAUAUUAUAAGUUAGCAACCAUUUCACUGUUAUAUUCGCUAGUUAUAAAGAUUCACCCUAUAUAUUUGUACUCUUCAUAAAGCACAAAUUUACUUUCUUAAUGAAUUAAAAAAAAAAUAAUGAGUUCAAUAUCAAAGAUGUAUACAAUUAAUGUAUAUAAUUUAAUAUCUGUUUUCUUACUGCCAAAUGCUCUUUUCGUCUAUAAAUUUUUUUCCAUGCUAAAUGAGCAUUUAAUAUUUUACAAAGUACCUAUAAUUUAUAUUUUUGUUAGGCCAAAGUAGUAGACCAAACUGAUGUUAAUGUAUUAAUAAAACAAAGAAUGAAAAAGAGAGAUAAAGAGAGAGAAAAAAUGAUGAUUGAUUGGAUUUUGCAUAAACCAUACAUAUGUCGAUAAUUUUGUAAUAUAUAUAAAAAAAAAAA